AUUUUUUUAAUUAAAAUGAAAAAUAAAAAUAAAUUAAAAUGAAAUACAAAAUAAAUUAAAAUGAAAUACAAAAUAAAUUAAAAUGAAAUAGAAAAUAAUUUACAAUUAAAAUUAAAGUAAAAGUGAAUUUCACCAUGGCCGAGGGCUGCCACUACCAAAAUAUUCUGUAUAAUUUUUUUUUAAUUAAAGUGAAAAAUAAAAAUAAAUUAAAAUGAAAAAUAAAAAUAAAUUAAAAUGAAAAAUAAAAGUAAAUUAAAAUGAAAUACAAAAUACUGAUUUACAAUUAAAAUUACAAAGUAAAAGUGAAUUUCACCAUGGCCGAGGGCUGCCACUACCAUAAUGCACAGCGACCCGAGAGAAAUUCCCAUGAGCCGAGCAGUGACCGAGCAGUGGCCGAGCGCUAUCAUAACAUCCCAUGAACCUUUGCCCGCGCGGAAGGCAACAUGGCGGAGAAAUGGCGAAAGUUCAAAGAAGAUAUGAAAAAAAAACGCGCUUGAGUGGGAAGAGCCAAAAAGGGAAAGAUGUUUCCAAACGUGAAAUAACAGUUCAAAUGUUAAGCGCGGACGUGUCGGGCAAGGCCCAAAAGUAUUCACGUAUCGGCCCAAGGGAAUUUGUCCAGUUAUAUGACGACGACGAUGAAGAUCUAGAUCGAUUUUAUACAAAAGAAGAGAUGACAAUUGAACGAGUGAAGGAUGCAUGCCUGAAACAUUUUGAACCGAAGGUUGGAAACAAUGUUGUAUGUGAUAUUCUUGCCGGUGGGCAAGGACCUUCCUGCGCAUCCUUGAAACAAAUACCUAAUAUGAAUCUUAUAUACGUCAGAUUCAUAAACAAAAGCUCGACAGCAGAUGCGCCUGUAUUCGUUGAUGAUACUGACGCAGUUCAUCCGCAAAGCACAACUGUGAAACGAAAGGGCUCUAACUCUGUUCCAAGUCCAAAAAAAGCUAAAAUCUCAACACCAAUGCCCAAGAGUCUCUCGGUAACCCAUAUGUUGAAACUAGGUAAACUUAUAAACAAGUCUACCACUACCAUCCACUUGUAUGGAUUUAAUUUGGCAGAUAUGAGCUGGUCGUCUUCACCAAGGGCAGUUGAAUUUAGUGUUUCAGAAGAUGUGCUCGGAGAAGGUGCAUUCCGAAAAGCUUAUAAAGCAGAAUCAAAAGAUGAGAGCUUUGCUGGUUCAUGGGUAGUCAAAGAAUAUAAUGAAAAUGCAUUGGAUGUCAUUGCUGAGACCAAUCAAACUCUCGAAACCCAUACAAAGGUUGUACAAAUGCACAGCUUAGCCCAGAACUUUGCAAGCCAACUGAAGACAAGUGUUGAGCAAAAUGUCAUGCAAGAAUCUUUUGGUGAUUGUUUCCAUUAUGGGAGUGUCUACUUAGGAAAGAAAGGUGACGAAUUUGUCACAGUUGAAGAGUUUGUAGAUGGAGAGUUUAGUAAGUAUAUAAACAAUGAUGGCACAUUGUGCAAGAAUGUCAACGAAGUUAUAUUACAGAAAGCAGAGUGUCUUUCUCAUUUUUCUUUUGAAAAAUCCAACAAUCAGGUAAUGGUGUUAGAUAUCCAAGGAUGUGGCUACUCCCUUGUAGACCCAGAAGUUGCAUCAUCUUCCCUCUUUGGUGAAAAUAAAGAAUUACUUUUUACCACAGGGAAUUUGUGAUUUGAAGCAAUUGCAAAAUUUAAACUCAUUCAUAGAUGUAAUGAGUACUGUGAGCUUCUGAAGCUUAAAGUACUUGUAUAGAAAGAAUACACAAACUGCUGUUAGGGGAAAGUAAUGAUGUAUCUUUAAAACAUUGUUCUUAUUUCAGUUUGGUGUAUAACAAGGACACCUAAAACUUGAUAUUAUCGACAUUAUCUGUUAGUUACUCUUAGAAGAUUCAUUAAUGUCUUUUAAGAACAUAUCAGACUUUAAAUCGCAUCCCUAGUAAUGUGGUAGCAAAGAGUGACUGGGCAAGCAUCUGUUUAACACCAGGUUAUAAUAAAAAACUUUUAUGAACACAUUGGGCAAUUUAAUUUAAGUCUUAAAUUAACAGUUGGAAGACAUAGUAGGUCCAAUGUCUUUUACCACUUUUGGUGACUAGUGUUUGCAAUAAAGAUUGAUCACCAUUUAUGUUUUUGCUUGCUACACUGGUUUAAAUAAAUUAUUACAAAGCCUAUUUGAAUUGUAAUCAAACCCCAAUGUUUCGACACUCCAGUCUAGUGUCUUCAUCAGGGGUGAUCUAAAAUUGCAAUGUAGCUUCUUACAUACCCAAAGGAUGACAUCACCUGCCAAUGAGAUGCAUGUAUUCCUCUGGUAAAUAGGCACUGUCAUCCCUAUUCAAAGGAUGAUUACUCAUUUAUAUGCCACACUAGUCAAAGACUAUGCCUAGAAGCAUGGCAUAUAAAUAUGAGUAAUCAUGCUUUGAAUAGGGAUGACGGUGCCUAUUUACCAGAGGGAUACAUGCAUCUCAUUGGCAGGUGACGUCAUCCCUUGGGUGUUUAAGAAGCCAACGAUUGUAACUUCAGAUCACCCCUGAAGACACUAGACUGGAGUGUCGAAAUGUUGGGUCUUGAUUACAAUUCGACUGGGCUUUGUAAUCAUUUUUUUAAACCGGAGUAGCAAGCGAGAACAUGGUUGAUAUACCUGGUUGCAGUGAACGAACAAACUUUGAUCACCAUUUGUUUUUCUUUCCAUCCAUCCAGGAUUGUUUUUGUUUAAACUUUACAUGAGAACAAC